AUGCCGUCUUCGUGGAAAACUGCGCUUGAUGGCUUGGACUGCACCACUCUGCAGGAGAUAGCAUCUCUCUGUAGCAUUCCCAGGGAGCACAUCGAGGAUGUGUACAGGUGCACCCCUUUCCAAAUGGGAAUUGCGGCAGACUCAAACAAACGGGAUGCGACCUAUGUACAACGCUUUGUACUCUCUCUGAAGGCCGGAUUGGACAUUGACCGCCUGUGCCAUGCCGUCCGCGAAGUUAUCGCCCUUAACGCAGCCCUCCGCACACGCAUAGUAGACUGCGACUUGGGCAUCGUUCAGGUGGUACUGAAAGAUGAAACCUCGACGGACACGCAACAGACAAAUCUGAGCCUGGAACAGUAUUUAGGGCUGGACAGGUCUCGUCCGAUGGGGCUUGGAAUGCCGCUGGUUCGAUCGGCCAUCACCAAAGGCGGCGAGAAAUGGGUCUUGACAAUGCAUCACUCCAUAUCCGACCACACCUCCGCUCUAGCUCUGAUUGCGGAUGUCGCGCAGAUCUGCCAGGGGCAAUGCCCAAGGCCGCGGGCGCCGUUCAAGGACUUUGUCGUGCACGUCAACUCGAUCGAGGAAUCAAAGGCGAGAAAUUUCUGGGCAGCCCAGUUUACGAGUAGCCCCAGCAUCUUCCCCGAGGUAGCUAAAAGCCAUACAGUGGACGCAAACAACCACAUCAACCGCAAGAUCCGGAUCCCUCGCCAGCAGGUGGUGCUUUCCUUGCUCCCGGCGUAUGUCGAAUGCGCCUGGGCAUUGACCGCACACGUGUACCAAAGAGGUGAUAGUGUGGCAUACGGGACAGUGUACUCUGGACGUCCUCCAUCUUUAGGCGGGCUUGAGACAACCUCAGGACCUACCAUCGCAACUGUUCCUGUCCAGGUUGCCGUAGAUGGGUCGGACAGUGUAGAAGACAUGGUCAGAAAGAGGCAACAAGCUAGGCGCAAGAUACAGGCCAGUGGCGCAUUUCUCCAAUUUGGAAUGGCCAACAUAAGGAAGGCCAGCGACGCGGCUAGAAAAGCGGCGGAAUUCCAAACAUUGCUCAACAUUCGGCACACGGCUGAGUCAAGCUCGAAUUCAGCGAUGAUCCGUUUCGAUGGCGAGGACGAUGUUCAUCGAGCUUUUGCGCUAUGUCUCACGUGCACUAUUGGGGACGACGAGAUAGUAGUGGAUGCGGAGUUCGACGACAUCGUCAUGAGUUCGGCGACAAUCGGUCGUGUGUUGACGCAGCUGGAGCAUAUUUUGCGGACACUGGCAAAAGCUGGCCCCAAGAGCCGGGUGGGAGACAUAGUGCUGCUCAGCGCCCACGACCGCUUGCAGACGCUCAGGUGGAAUGCUGCCGUGGCCGAGCCCAUGGAAGAGUGUUUGCAUGACAUGGUAGGCCGCACUGUACUUGCGCAGCCGGACGAGGUGGCAAUCGAUGCAUGGGAUGGCAAGAUGGUCUAUCACGAGCUGCAUGCCCAGUCUCGCCGCUUGGCCCACACGCUGCGCCAGCGCGGAGUCCAGAGGGAAAGUAUGGUCCCCUGCCUGUUUGAGCGAUCGCUGUGGUCGGUGGUGGCGACACUAGGCGUUUUGAUCGCAGGCGGCGUAUGUGUACCGCUGGACCCUACCCACCCGCGUGCACGCCACGAGGCUAUCCUGUCGCGCACGAAGUCCGCCGUUGUCCUGACAUCGCCUGCUCUUACCCGCACGGCUGCAGGCCUAGGCCCAGCCGUGGUCGUUGUGUCCGAGGAGAUGAUGGGGGAGCCACCGGUGGCCACAUCAGACGGUGGAGGCGACGGCGGCAUCAACCAGAGUCGCCACCAAGAUCUCGCGCCCGCCGCCACGCCCGGCAACGCCGCAUACAUCAUCUUCACCUCUGGCAGUACUGGCGUUCCCAAGGGGGUGGUUCUGGAGCAUCGUGCCCUCGCCACAGCUCUGACGUCCAUUGGGCCGCGUGUUGGCUGGCAGCGCGGUUUGCGGCUGCUACAGUUUACUGCUCAGGUGUGGGAUGCAAGCAUUGCCGAGAUCUUCGGAGCUCUUCUCUUCGGAGGCUGCUUGUGUAUCCCCUCCAACACCUCCCGGGAAUCUGGCCUAGCGGACUACAUCCGUGCGUCGAGCGUGGAUUGGGUCUUUCAGACUCCGACCGGAAUCCGCAAUCUUGCGCCGGGCGAUGUGCCAUCAGUCAAGACACUCGUUUCCGGAGGCGAGCGUAUCCCACAAGACGCCGCCAGUACUUGGGGUUCCAAGCUCCGCUUCAUCAAUGGAUGGGGCCCUUGCGAGACCUCUAUCUUUGCUGCUUUUGCUGAACUGAGCCCAGCAUCCCCAUACCCAGAGACUAUAGGCACGCCAGUCGGCUGCGCAAUCUGGAUCACCGACCCGGAGAACGUGAACAGACUAGUCCCAGUCGGCGCUGUCGGCGAGCUUGUCGUCGAAGGGGCCACUGUCGCACGUGGCUACCUGCAAGAUCAUGGCAAAACAGCCGCAGCUUUUGUUGAUCCUCCGACUUGGGCACCAAGACGCUCGAGCGCCAUGACGCUCGCUCGACGCUUCUAUCGUACCGGAGACUUGGGCAAGUACAACGCUGACGGCAGUAUCUGCUUUCUGGGAAGACAGGAUCACCAGAUCAAACUUCGAGGCCAGCGCUUCGAGCCCGGAGAAGUCGAGACUGUCCUGGAGACGUGCGUUGGCGUGCGCAACAUCGUCGUGACCACGCACAGGGCACCAUCUGGCCGGACAGAAGUGGUUGCGGUCCUCACCCUGUCCCACCCACAGCUCCCUGGAAGAGCAACGCUGGAAAAGCAUCCUCAUAACCUUCAGGAACUUGUGUCGACGCUGAUCGGCAGCAUCUCCGCCCACGUCAGAGCGAGGGUCCCUGCAUAUAUGGUCCCAACAGCGUGGAUCCCAGUGCAGGAAAUCCCCCGGGCAGCCUCGAACAAGAUCGAUCGAACGACCAUCUGCGAGUGGCUGCAAGGUAAAGAUGUUGCCGGUGAGAGCAUGCUAUCCGCCGAGGUCCUGGCUGAUUCUUCAACAUCUUCUCCUGCAUCUCCUGCGGAAGAGAUUCUGCGCGCUGUAUGGUCUAGCGUCCUGGCAAUGCCCGAAGAUGAGAUAGGACGAGAAUGCUCUUUCUUACACCUCGGAGGUGAUUCCAUCAUGGCCAUGCAAGUCGCAACACGAUGUCGAAAACGUGGUCUGCAGAUAUCGGUGGCGACACUUAUGCGAACGACGGCGGGGAACGGGCAGGGAGCUCCUGUCGAGCCGACGCACAAGCAUCUUGUCCGUCAGGUCGUGCAGCGUACGCCCGGCUUGCGCGAGGCCGACAUCGAGAGCGUGGCCUUGGCCACCGACGCGCAAGCGUGGAUGCUGGCCGUCGGCGAGGUGGCAGACGACGGCUUCAGCAACGAGAUCUACGUCGACUGUGCAGAUGGUUUGGAUGCGGCUCGUCUUCGCCGCGCGUGCGAGCUGGUCGUGGCACGGCACGCAACGCUGCGCACCGCCUUUGUGCCCGUGGGCGAUUCGCUGUACCAGGUGGUGCUGGGAAACAUCGAUACGGCCACGGACCCGGCCACCACCAGCCGCAGUCCUCGCCGAGAGCUCUGGCGACGCCGCUUCGCCGGCUUUCAUCUGGACCGGCUCUCGCGCCACGGCAGUCAGUGUCACCGCCUCCGCCUGAACAUCCACCACGCCCUCUACGACGCCCUGUACCUCGACAUGAUCGUGCAAGACGUCGCCGCGGCAUACUGCAACGGACCGCUGGCCGCCGGAUUGCACUUCCACGACUGGCUCACGCAUCAGACGGCCGCCCCCGACGCUGCCGCGGCUCGCCGCUUCUGGCAAGCCACGCUCCGCCGUUCGGCCAUGACCUGGCUGGCCCCGCCGCAAGGCCCAUGCCGCCUGCACACCCAAAGUGCCCGCGUGCGCCGGACCGUCGGUCGUCGCGCGCUGCUUCUACCGUCCGCCGCCGAGGCCAGCGUGCUCAAGGCAGCCUGGGCGACUGUGCUCGCACAUGCUGUCGGUGGCGACGACGUCGUGUUUGGUCAGGUCACGGCGAACAGAGACUCGCCCACGGACCAAGUGCUCGGCCCCUGCGUCAACAUCCUCCCGGUGCGGGCCGCGAUCGGCGUCGCUGCGUCGUUCCGUGCUCUGGUGCAGCAGCUCGAUCAGCAGCAGCGCGCCUCGAUACCCCAUCAGCACCUGGGCUUCCGCUCCAUCAUUCGUGACUGCACCGCCUGGCCAUCCUGGACGCGGUUCAGCUCGCUUCUGGUGUACCAGAAUCAUGACGCUAUGAUCCUCGACGAUGGAUCCACGCAUUUCGAGAUGGGAGGAGCGAGCUGCCGCCUUUCCGGACUCGGGAGGCCAGCAGAUGCAAGUGAUGUAUGGGUCAUUGCCCAGCCGGGCGCUGCAGACGUGGACCUGGAGCUGCGGUACACCCCUACCGUGGUGUCGGCCGCGCAGGCGGAGUGGCUCGCCGAAGCUCUUGUGAGGGUCCUUGAGCAGCGUGUCGUUCGUAUGGACUCGCCCAACUUGGAAUCCUACCAGACGGCAGGCGACGACGCCGCCAACAGCUGUGUUCCCGGAGACAUGAACCACGUGCCCCAAACCAACAGUCCAUGCGUCAAGGACGAGGCCCGACAAACUGUGAGUGAUGCAUGGAGGCAAGUGGGUCUGCUGCCCCAAGACAAGAGUGAUGACGAGGACGUUUCCAUGUUCAAUUGUGGUGGUGAUGUGGUCACGGCACUGCUACUAUCAGACUUCUUUCGAUCGCGUGGGCAUGCUGUAGGCGUGGCGGAUAUUAUUCGACACCCGACUCGACCGAUGCAAAACGCUCUUCUCAGUACCUGUAGCUAG